GCAACAAAUAUGAUGACAAACUGUUGGGAAAACAAACCUAUGACUGGUUUUCAGUCAAAUUUACAGAAGAAUGCGAAAGAAUUGGAGACUCUAUUAUCGGAAGGUCAGGAAAAAUGUAUAAACAAACGGUGCGUUCAAAGCGAACAGUGCUGUCCGGGAUCGGUGUGUGUGGAUCUGGACUUAAACCAAAAUAAUUUGGUUGCGGGCACUUGUCUGCCCAUAUAUGGUGUUAAUGAGGGUCAGUCGUGUCGGAUCGACAACGAUUGCGAGCCCGGACUCAGAUGUCUGGACAGUCAGCCGGUUGUGGCAAUGCGUCAAAAGCACCGGACGUGUCAACCGCCGGGAAGGGAUAUGAUGAAGAAACAGUAUAAUGAUCAAUGCGUGACAAGCAGUGAAUGUGAUGCCAGUCAUGGUCUGUGCUGUCAACUAAUACGACGGUACCGAAUGUCACCAAAACGGUUGUGUUAUUACUUCUCGGACGCCAACACUUGCAUCGGUUCGGUUGAUGUGACGUUCGCUAAACCGGUCAGUGCUGUCACGUCCGGUGCGUUCAAUAAUCGACUGUUCAAAGCGAGAAUCGGCUGA